UGACAUAUUAUGUAUUGGUACUCAAGAUAUUGUAUUUGAGGUUUAGAAACCCUCCAAAAACCCUUCCGUUAUGUGCCACUCUUUUUUAGCUCCUCAUCCAAUUUCGUCCUGAAUAAAUGGAGGCUUUCGCCGGAGCUCCGGCACUUCCAAGUUACAAUUCCGUCGACCCACUCACCGAACAAAUCAAACAAAGACUCCUCAAAAAGGGGGUUUUCCCAACCCCUAAAAUCAUCCACACCCUCCGCAAAAAACACCGCCAAAAAUCCCUCCGCAAAUCCCCACACGAACCCCUCACCCAAUCCCAGAAAGAAACUUCAUCCCAUGAAGCUUACUUCCAAACCAUAUCUCAAGAAUAUAGAAGUUUCAACAAAUCAAUUGAUUCUAAAUCCAAGGGCUCCAAUUUGGUGGGAAAUCCAUGGGAACCUUUAGGCAAUGGAAAAUUUAAGGAAUUGGCAAGUGGGUAUGAGAAUUUUGGUGGAAAAUUGAAGCCUGAGAAGUUGAGGGAACUGGGUUUGAUUUUUGAAGAGAGAAAAGUUGAAACUUUAUCUCCAUUUCUGGACGAUGAUAUUGAAUUGGAAGAUGGUAUGUUCAAGGGUGAAAAUGCAAGUGAGUCAUUUGCUCAGCGUCGAGUUGAUGAAGUUGAGGCUAUUAGGAUUCUGGUUAACAGGCUUAGUGCUCGUGAGAUAACAAUGAAGGAUUGGAAGUUCACAAGGAUGAUGAAACAGUCGCAAUUGCAGUUUACUGAAGAUCAAUUGCUUAAGCUUCUUGGAAGGCUCGGCGACCAGGGAUGUUGGAGGCAGGCCAUGGAGGUUGUGAGAUGGAUAUAUAGUAGAAAGGAGCAUAUACAUUACAAAAGCAGGUUUGUGUAUACCAAGCUUCUAGCAGUUCUUGGAAAGGCAAGGAAACCCCAUGAUGCUCUCAGAAUUUACGAGCAAAUGCGUGGGGAUUGCCACAUCUAUCCAGACAUGGCUGCUUACCAUAGUAUAGCUGUUACUCUUGGUCAAGCUGGGAUGGUGAGGGAGCUCAUGAGCAUUAUUGAGCGUAUGAAGGAAAAGCCUUCUAAAUAUAUAAAGAAUGCGCGUUCCAAGAGCUGGAAUCCCACCCUUCAACCUGAUAUAGUAGUAUACAAUUCUGUACUGAAUUCUUGUGUCCCGUCUCAUCAUUGGAAGGGGGUUUCAUGGGUCUUUGAGCAAUUGAGGAAGUCUGGGUUAAACGGUAAUAGUGCUACAUAUGGUCUGGCAAUGGAGGUGAUGCUACGUUCUUCUAAGUACGACCUGGUGCAUGAGCUGUUUCAGAAAAUGACAAAGAAUGGCAAGUCUCCAAAUGCUCUUACAUACAAAGUUCUUGUCAGAACGUUCUGGAAGGAAGGUAAAGUUGAUGAAGCUGUGCAUACAGUGAGGGACAUGGAACAAAGGGGGAUAAAGGGAUCAGCUAGUGUGUAUUAUGAACUAGCUUGUUGUCUUUGCAACAAAGGAAGGUGGCAAGAAGCAAUGAUGGAGAUUCAGAAAUUGAGAAAACUGCAGCUUUCAAAACCAUUGGCUGUGACUUUCACUGGCAUGAUCAUGUCUUCUAUGGACGGUGGAUGUAUUGAUGAUUGCGUAUCUAUUUUUGAUCACAUGCUAGAUCAUUGUCCUCCAAACAUUGGAACUGUAAACGCCAUGCUAAAGGUUUAUGGGAGAAAUGAUAUGUUCUUGAAGGUUAAGGACUUGUUUGAGAAAGUGAAAGACGGAUACAAAGCUUUCUUGGGUGACGGUGACUCUCCUCUAAUCCCAGAUUUGUACACGUAUGGAGCAGUGCUUGAAGCAUCAGCCUACGCACAACAAUGGGAGUACUUUGAGUAUGUUUACAAGGAAAUGUGUUUUUCAGGACACCAGAUUGAUCAGGGAAAACAUGCAGCACUCCUUGUUGAGGCAUCGAAAGCAGGGAAGUGGCAUUUAUUGGAGCAUGCCUUUGAAACAACCCUGGAGACUGGAGAAAUCCCACAUCAGAUGCUGUUCACUGAAAUGGUCUGCCAGGCAAUGUUUCAGGAUGAUUAUGGAAAAGCUGCUAAACUUAUCAACUCAAUGGCUCAUGCUCCAUUUCAAUUGAAUGAGAAGGAUUGGACCGAGCUUUUUGAAAAGAACAAGGAUAGGAUAAGUGAUGAACACCUUAAGAAAUUAUCCAUUACGCUUUGUGAAAGUGAGUUGUCUAAUGAAUCCACGGCCUCUGAACUGCUUAAAGCUUUGCAUUCUAUUUGUAGAAAGAAUACACUAUCUAUUGCUGGACAUCAAGAACUGCUGAAUGAAGGUUUCAACCCAGAUAAGUUAAUUGUUGGCCAAUCUAAUGAUGGAAAACGCGGUAUGAAGGCGUAUAAUGCUGUUUGUUCAGAUUAUGAUUCUGAUCAAGAUGAUGAAGUGAGCUCGUUUAACAAGUCAUCUAGCUUUGUUGAGAUGGCUUCUGAUGAAGCUGCUUGUGUGCAUUCACAUAGUCUAGAUGAUUCUGACGAAAUGGUACCGUUUGAUGAUUCUGAUUCUGAUUCUGAAGACAGUUAUUUAGAUGAUGAUCCCGAGUUACCCUCAGCAGAUGAAAUUUUGCAAUCUUGGAAGAAAUUAAGGACAAAGGAUUCCACAAGUUCCCUUCUAGAGUUUUAGUUUAAGUUUUUACUUUUCUACCGGAUAAUGAUCUCAAUGGUUUACCUUCUGUAUAUACUGUAUUGCUGUGUGGGAUAUUCGGCAAGUGAUAUAAACCAAUGUUAAAUGUUCAUAAUCAGCACCAAUUUUCUGCA